AUGAGCCUCGCCGACUUUGCCUUCCCGCCUCAGCCGCGGCUGCGCACCGUCUCCCAGCAGCUGCGCGGCCUCUCGGACGGCGCGGGACCCGCCCACGGCGACGACGACUCGGGCGCGCUCGCCUGGGGCGACUGGGGCAGCACCGGCUACAGCCCCGACCGCACCGCGGGCGCGCAGCAGCCGUACCAGGACCCGUACGCCGACCUGAUGAGUGAAAACGCCUUCGACCCGAACCUCCCGUACUCGCCCCGCCAGGCGAGCGGCCACGCCGUGCCGACCUUCGACGCGACCAUGCACCUCGCAGGCGGCGACGACGAGCCCGCCCAGUACCAGCUCGACUCGAACCACUUUCGUCCGCCUCCCGACGGCUCUCAUCCGCCUCCGCCGCACCACCAGCCUCUGCCUCCAGCGCAACUUCCUCAGUCGCACCCUGCGUCGCCCAACCGGUCGCGCGCCUCGAGCCUCCAGUCGAGCAACGCGCCCACGCCGCUGCACAUGAGCGUCUUGACGUCGCCGUCGUCGCCGUUCUUCCCCGGCCCGUUGCCGUCGCCGUUCCACGACCACCGGGCGUCGUUCUCGUCGAGCACGAUGAACCCGUCGCACUCGGUGCGCAGCUCGAGCCCGAGCGACUCGUCGUCCGUGUCGAACCUCAACAUGUCGCGCCUCGACUCGAGCUCGGCGACGAGCAGCAUCUACGGCGGCGAGAGCGGGUCGACGGCCCCGUCGACGCCGUACCGGUCCGGCUCGAUCUCGCGCCAGAACAGCCAGCGCGGCUCGAGCCAGAUGCACGCCCGCAGGCGCUCGUCGCCGAUCAAGACGAGCGGCCGCCACUCGCGCAAGCUGUCGAACGCCGAGCGCAAGGCCAUCUGCGAGUUCUCGAGGACCCACCCCGGCUGGAAGCAGGACGACAUCGGCGCCCACUUCGGCUACGAGCGCAGCACCAUCUCCAAGACGCUCAAGCACAAGGACCGGUACCUCGCCAUGGACUCGGCCGACGAGGCCGGCGCGUCAGCCGUCCAGGCGUUCCUCCACACCGGCCCGUACCAGCAGCAGCAGCAGCAGCAGGGCGACGACCGCGACUCGUCCGAGGCGCCUUCACCCGCCGCGACCGACAUCCCGUCGUCGUCGACGCCGCAGCCGUCGUUCGGCCUCGUCGCGUCGUCGUCGACCUCAUCGCUCGUCUCGCUCGGCUCGACCGCGACGGCCGACCUCGGCGCCUCGACGUCGUCGAACCUGUCGUCAAGGGUCCUGUCGGGCGGGCGCUUCCCGCACAUCGACAAUGCGCUCGUCGCCUGGGCCGAGUCGCACGUCGCCAAGGGCAACAGCCUCGCCGACUCGGUCCUCCAGCGCCAGGCCCGCUCGAUCGCGCGCGACCUGCCCGGCAACGAGUCGUUCAAGGCGAGCCAGUCGUGGCUCGACGGCUUCAAGACGCGCGCCGGCAUCGUCCGCGGCGCGUUCGUCCACGACCGCGCGCCGUCGCCGAUGGCGCCCGCCCUGUCCAACGCGCAGCGCUCGCUCGACCCGCCUCGCGAGGAGGACGACGAGGAGGACGACACGUCGGCCGACGCGCCCGUCCGCCGCAGCAAGCGCUCGCUCGGGAGCAAGACGGUCCGCCGCCUCGCGAGCGCCAAGUCGACGCUCGCGGCCUUUGCCGAGGGCUUUGGCGGCCGCAGCUCGUCGCCCGCAGCCGCGUCGUCGUCCCGCAUGGACGCCGAGCUCGCGAGCGGCAGCUUCGGCGACCUGUCGAUGGACUCGGAGGCGACGCCGACGCACUCGACCGCGCACUCGCGCGCCUCGACGCAAGGCGCCGAGCGCCCGCCGCAGGGCGCCGAGCGCCCGCCGCAGCUCGCCCAGCCGUUCUCGUACUCGCCCGGCGGCGACGGCCAAGGCGCCGGUACGCCGUCGCGCAUGUCGCACUACGCCGGGCAGGAGGACACGCUCGCGCUCGGCAGCAGCCUCGGCGCCGGCAGCGACUACUCGCCGCCCGACGGCAUGAACGCGCACGGGAACGCGGGCAUGUACGGCGGCGGCGGCGUGUACGCGGGCGGGCUCACGCAGCCUUACUCGCCGUCGCCGCACGCCCUCGGCGCGAGCUACUCGUCGGCCCAGGGCGUCUCGGCCUCAUCGUCGCGCUCGUCGCUCGGCACGUUCCCGCAGCAGCAGGGCAUGUACGGCACGGCGUCGCCCGUCCCGUCGAACCAGCACCGCCGGUCGGGCUCGACGGCGUCGAGCACGAGCGUGUACUCGGGCUUGACGGCCUUCUCGUCGCAAAACGGGCCGGGCACGCCGCUGUCGGGCUCGAUGUACGGCUCGUUCCGCGACAGCCAGGGCAACCUGUGCGCGUCGGUCCCGGGCACGCCCGCCAACCCGGCCCUCGCCUCGUCGACGUCGUCGGCGGCGCAGCUGGGCAGCUACUUCGGCUCCGAGCAGGCCCAGCUCCAGAACUCGUUCCUCUCGGCGUCGGCCUCGGGCGCCGGCACGACGCCGACGUCGCAGUACUCGGCCCUCGCGUCGUCGUCGUCGUCGUCCCUCGCCUCGGCCUCUCAGCCGUUCCAGCAGCAGCAGCAGCAGCAGCGAUACCCUCAGCACUCUCCGGCAUACCCGCAAGCCUCUUUCGAUACCCAGCAACAGCAGCAGGCGAGCGCGACGGUUGCCACUGCCGCCGCCAACCGCCGCGCCACGAUCUCGGGCGGCCUGCCCUUCAACAGCGCCGCGCGCAACUCGGUGCCGUCGAGCGCCGCCAUGACGCCCUCGUCAUCGUUCGGCGCCGGCUCGCGCACGAGCAUGAGCGGCGCCAGCGGCGCGCCCGUCACGCUCGAGCAGGCCUUCUCGUCGCUCGAGAUCGCGCUCGAGUACCUCUCGACGCGCGCCGGCCAGGACUACGUCUCGCCCAAGGACCUUGUCGUCCUCGCCGACCUGCGCGGCAAGAUGGAGCGUGCGCGCAACGCCCAGGGCGUCAACCUCGCCGCCAUCUCGUCGGCGCCGGCGACGCCGUCCGGCCUCGGCCCGAGCGGCGGCGGCCCGAGCUUCCACGCGCCGUUCAUGCCGUCGCAGGUCAACGCGUCGUUCGCCGCCGCCGCCGCGGCCAACAACAUGGUCGGCCCGGCCAAGCAGCAGCGCAUGCGCCUGUCGCGCACACAGAGCACGAGCAGCGUGCCGUUCUUCGGCGGCGGCGGUCCCGGCGGCGUCCCUGGCCGUCGCCCGGGCUCGUCGCUCUCGCUGUACGAGGUCGACGGGCACUGAGCGGCACGCCGCUCCCUUCCCCUCUUGUCUGCAUGGGUCGGCUCUCGGCGUGGAGCACUUCCCCCCCUUCCCUCUUCUCUCCCUCUUUCUCUCCUGCAUCGGCGGUCGUAUCAUCGUGCAUUUCCUCUCUCCUCCUUUUCCUCAUCAGCAGUCGCCCAUCAUCGCCACCUCUUGUGCCAUACCCUCGCCGUUUCGUUCAUAUUUCCCCGUCCUCCCUUGCGUUCAUCAGCUCCCCUCGUUCAUCUCUCUCUCGUUGUGCCGUGCCAAUUUCACUCUCGCGCACUUUUCUUUGCCUU